UUACUGAUAAUUUUCCCAUAUGUUUGAAUUUGAUGAGCUUCUUGGUCCUACACAAGACUAAGUCAACCUUCUAUGGCUUUAGCUGAAAUGUCCAAGAAAGGCUUCUUCUAGGAAAACCAAUCAACAAUCAAGUAAUCAUAAUAUAAUAAAAAUAAAAUUCCCUUUUCUCCUCUCCUUUUACCUCUAACUUUCUUUACUUCAAAUUUGGUUCAAAGCCACAAUUUUUUUUAAAAAAAAUGAUUACUUCUACAAACCAAGUUCAGUAGAGAAAGAUUUUGUAAUUUCCAUUUGCUUUCACUCUACUACUUUUUUCUUUGCAACUAAGCAAUUUGCUCUUGGUGAGAUAGUUAAAAAGAGGGAAUUUUUUGAGUUCAUACUAGAUCUAGCAAGUGGUUUUUAUGUAUAUUACUAUGGAUUCUUGAAGUUGGUUUUUAUUUGUGAAGUUGGAAUUUUUUUUGAGGUUUUUUUUUGCUGUGAUGGGGAUUUGUUUGAGCAAUGAAAUCAAGGCUGAGACUAUAAUUUAUACUGGUACAACAGGGGUUGGUUCUAAAAGUGUUAGUGGAAAUGGUACUGAUACUAGUAAUUCAAAUAGCAAAAUGUCGUCAGGCUCCGUACCCCCGACUCCCAGGAGUGAGGGUGAGAUCUUGCAGUCGUCCAACUUGAGGAGAUUUACUUUCAACGAACUCCGAGCAUCCACUAGAAACUUCCGUCCUGACAGUGUACUAGGCGAAGGAGGUUUUGGUUCUGUUUUCAAGGGGUGGGUCGAUGAACAAACUCUUUUAGCGUCAAAACCCGGCGCUGGCAUUGUGAUAGCUGUGAAGAAGUUGAACCAAGAAGGUGCACAGGGGCACCGCGAAUGGCUGGCUGAGAUAAAUUAUCUUGGUCAACUACGGCAUCCGAAUCUUGUAAGAUUGAUUGGUUAUUGCUUAGAGGAUGAUCACAGGCUUCUAGUCUACGAGUUCAUGCCUAAGGGUAGCAUGGAGAAUCAUUUAUUCAGGAGAGGUUCGUACUUUGAAGCGCUAUCUUGGAGCCUCCGCAUGAAAGUUGCCGUUGGUGCUGCAAGGGGCCUUGCAUUUCUUCAUAAUGCUGAAACAAGUGUGAUUUACAGGGAUUUCAAGACUGCUAAUAUCCUGCUUGAUUCAAACUACAAUGCCAAGCUUUCUGAUUUUGGGUUGGCGAGGGAUGGCCCAACCGGAGACAAAAGCCAUGUCUCUACACGGGUUAUGGGAACUUACGGAUAUGCUGCUCCAGAGUAUCUUUCCACAGGUCAUCUUACUGCAAAGAGCGAUGUAUACGGCUUCGGAGUCGUUCUCUUGGAAAUUCUGUCUGGUAAGAAAGCAAUAGACAAGAAUCGACCACAAGGGGAACACAAUCUUGUUGAGUGGUCAAGACCAUACUUGACCAGCAAACGCAGAGUUUUCCGUGUUCUAGAUCCCCGUCUUGAAGGACAAUAUUCACUCACUCGCGCCCUUAAGGUAGCAAACAUUGCACUUAAAUGCCUAGCCGUGGACCCCAAGUCGAGACCAUCGAUGGACGAGGUAGUAACAGCUCUCGAGCAGCUUCAGGAGUCAAAGGAUACCGUGAAAAAUGAUACUAACAAGGAUGGGCAAUUAAAUCGGCUUAGCAGUCAAUCAAGUGGCGAGCUCAACAAGUCAUGCAGAAGCAGUUCCGGAGAGACGCCUCGUGUAGCAAAUUACCCAAGACCUUCAGCUUCGCAUCGUUCUAUCUAAAGAGACGGAAAUAGCAUUCUUGGCCUGCCAGUUACUAACAUCCAAUUUUAAGGAACUUCUAGCAUGUAAGUGUACCAAUAUAUUCGACAACCUGUAUAGUUUUCUUUUUCUGUUUACUGUGUCAGAUGAGUAUUGAACUGAGGAUUCAUGAGAUGAUGUAUAAUAGACUGCAAGUAAAAAUUUUGUUAUCCUGGAA